GGUUGUGGGGAUGUAGGCCGGCUAUAAACGGAGGAUGGUACUGCGGGCUCGCAGUUUUUUCUGGUACUCGCUGACCGACCGAACUCGCAGUUCGAUCAAAAGAUAUAAAGGAUGAUUAAACAUUUAUCCCUACUCCUCAUAGGAGUUACAGUAGCAUUAGCCCAAAGGAGAUUAGCGUUGCCAGAUCCCCGAAGCUGUGCUAACAGAGUUCGCCAUGCAACCUACAGAGAUGCCCGUGGUGUUACGCACUCAUAUUUCUUCAGUUGGGAACAUCUGCCCACCAGAAACGUAGAAGUAGAUUGGUUAGAUUCCAGAAAUAUUUGUAGAAGACAUUGUAUGGACGCCGUCUCUCUUGAAACUCCGCAAGAAAACGAAUUUGUCAAACAAAGGAUCGUACGUGGAAAUGUCAGAUAUAUUUGGACUUCUGGACGUAAAUGUAACUUUGCCGGAUGCGACCGUGGCGAUUUACAGCCUCCAAACAUCAACGGAUGGUUCUGGUCUGGAUCCGGUGCCAAAAUCGGACCAACCACUCAAAGAAACUCCGGAGACUGGAGUCAAACGGGAGGAUACGGACAACCUCAACCCGAUAACAGAGAAGCUGCACAGGGAAAUGACGAAUCUUGUCUGGCCAUCCUCAACAACUUCUACAACGACGGAGUUAAAUGGCACGACGUUGCCUGUCACCAUUUGAAACCAUUCGUCUGCGAAGACAGCGAAGAACUACUUAACUUUGUCGCCUCUAGAAACCCUGGCAUACGUCUCUAAGAAUGCACACUUCAUAGUAAAUUCAGCCAACAUAGAUUAAUACGAAAUCGUACCCAGCUUUAAUUUUUAACAACAGAUGUAGUGUGGAUGUUGGCCACCCCAACUUUGUGUACCUUGAUACCGUUUUAUACACUAGACCACCAUAGGUGAUUGUCAGCUUCUUCUUCCUUAUUUCCGAAGUCUGAUUUACACAAGUAUAAAAAAUUAAAUUUAAAAUUUUAAUUAACUAAAUAUAAGUACAAUAUCUCUGUUUAUUAAUAAAAAUAAAUAAAAUCUGAUAAUUUGAUAAAAAUAAAUUUGUUGAAAAAGUGUCAAAUUAGUGUAAAUCAGACUUUACGCUCGUGUGAAUAUUGCUUUAUCUUUUAUUUUUCUAGCUAGAACAUAAGUCGUAGUAUUAUAUUUUGUAUCUUUGUAUUA